AUGAAGACUCAGGACGACUACGAAGUCGUGCGGAAGGUGGGGCGAGGAAAGUACAGCGAGGUGUUCGAGGGCGUGAACACAGCCACAAACGACAAGUGCAUAAUCAAGAUCCUGAAGCCUGUGAAGAAGAAAAAGAUCAAGCGUGAAAUCAAAAUCCUGAGGGCCCUGGCGGGUGGGCCAAAUGUAAUCAAGCUCUUGGACGUGGUCAGGGAUCCACAGUCGAAGACGCCCAGUCUCAUUUUCGAGUAUGUCAACAACACAGACUUCAAAGUGCUGUACCCGACGAUGACAGACUAUGAUAUUCGGUACUACAUUUUCGAACUUCUCAAGGCCCUGGACUACUGCCACUCACAAGGAAUCAUGCAUCGAGACGUCAAACCGCACAAUGUGAUGAUUGAUCAUGAGAAAAGAAAGCUUCGAUUGAUAGACUGGGGACUGGCAGAGUUCUACCAUCCUGGGAAAGAGUACAAUGUGCGUGUGGCAUCUCGCUAUUUCAAGGGCCCAGAGUUGUUGGUCGAUCUUCAGGACUACGAUUAUGCCCUGGACAUGUGGAGCCUGGGUUGCAUGUUUGCAGGCAUGCUUUUCCGGAAGGAACCAUUUUUCUAUGGUCACGACAACUACGAUCAGCUUGUGAAGAUUGCAAGGGUGCUGGGGACAGAGCAGCUGCACGCCUACCUGUCCAAGUAUGGCAUCGCGCUCGACUCACGGCUGGAGGCCUUGGUCGGCCGGCACAACAGGAAGCCAUGGACCAAGUUUGUGAACAGUGAAAAUCAGCAUAUUGUGUCCCCAGAGGCCCUGGAUUUCCUAGACAAAUUGUUGAAGUAUGAUCACCAGGAGCGCUUGACCACGAAGGAGGCCAUGGAGCAUCCAUAUUUUGCUCCUGUUGCCAGCGCAGCUUCCCAACCAGGGGGGCACGAGCACACAAAUGAGCACUGA